AUGCAAUCUAUUAGUUCAGAUAAAGAAGAUAUGGAAGAAGUUGAAAUGGAUCUUCCAGUGUCGUGUAGUUUUACUGAUCAAGCUAAGCAACGUGAAAUCCACCAGAGAAAAAUUAAUAAGACUAUUAUUGAAAAUCGCAUAAAAACCAAAGCACUCCGCAAAGCUAAGCGUAAUGUACGCAAACAAACAGACGGCUGCCAGUCUAGUGAAAUAGCUUGCCAAGAAAUCCAAUAUAUACCGCUGAAGGAUAAGGAAAAGUCAAAUGAAAAGGACUGUCUAGAAGAAGAAUUUAACUGUCCGGGAUAUUUUAACACAUCAGAUCAUCUUCAAUUUGGUGAAGACGAUGGUGAUCAACCUCCCAUACAAAAUAAAUCUCAAUCCUUGGACAUAUCAGCCAGCUCUUCACCGAACGAGAAUGAACUACUAUACGGCAACGAGUCCGAUGAAGGGUAUGAUGGCAGUGAAGAGCACGAUAAGAAUAAAUCAAAGACAAUACUUUUUGACAAUAUUGAUUCUUUUACAAUUAACACCUUGAAAUCCAAGGGAUCUGAUUUUGAAACACGAAAUCACAAGUCAUGGAAAAAAAUAAACAGGUUGAAUGGGAUUCAUGUUCGAAUACUGGAUAGCGCAAAUAUUGAAAACACGGCUCGUCAAAGAUGUGACAGUUUUCGAAAAAACCAAUUGUAUUCCUCUUCGUAUUCCGGGAGGUAUGGAGAUGUUAAACGAGUCACACCAAGCUUACUGAGAAACUUAUCAAGAAAGAAGAAAGCUAGAGCUGGAAUGCGUUAA